CUGGGUGAACAAGGCUGUUCGCACUGAACUCGUCUCACAUGCCAUCAUAACAACAAAGACACACGUCGGAAUCCUUCUGUCCGCGGUGCAAUGGCAAGAAGAACAGAAAUCCCUUCAUCUUAUUACGGUGAGCCGCGCAAGUUUGACCCAACAUUCAGAGGACCUACCCACAACAGGAGCUGCACCGACGUGCUGUGCUGUGUGCUCUUCAUCAUCGUCAUCCUUGGCUACAUCGCCCUGGGAACCGUGGCCUGGAUUCAUGGUGACCCCAGGAAGGUGGUGUACCCCACCGACAGUAAUGGCCAGUUUUGCGGGCAGAAGGGAACCCCCAAUGCAAAGAAAGCCAUAUUGUUUUACUUUAACAUGUUGAAAUGUGCCAGUCCUGCAGUCCUCAUUAACCUGCAGUGCCCAACCACUCAGCUGUGUGUCUCCAAGUGCCCGGACCGGUUUGCUACCUACUCAGACAUGCAAUACCACUACCGAUCCAACCGAAGCUACUGGGACUACUACAGGCAGUUCUGCAAACCGGGCUUUGACAAUCCAAGAAAGGCUGUGGCUCACGUGCUGCGAGAUGAGGACUGCCCCUCCAUGAUCGUGCCUAGUAGGCCCUUCCUACAGCGCUGCUUCCCAGAUUUCAUCACGAGAAACGGGACGCUGACUGUCGCCAACAAAACCGCGUUCAAGGAUGUGCUGGGUCAAACACGAAGCGUGACCGAGCUCCGAGAUGCCGCCAAUGGCAUCACCGGUCUCCUGGAUACCAAGGAGGUCGGCACCAAGAUCAUUGAGGACUACGCCAGCUCCUGGUACUGGAUAUUAAUAGGCCUGGUGAUAGCCAUGGUGGUCAGUCUGAUCUUCAUCCUGCUGCUGCGGUUCACUGCUGGCUUCCUGCUCUGGGUCAUCAUCUUUGGGGUUAUCGCUAUGGUGGCUUAUGGUAUCUGGCACUGCUACUGGGAGUUUGUCACUCUGAGGGGAAAGCCAGACGCCGAAGUCGCCAUCUCGGACAUUGGAUUCCAGACUGACUUCCGUGUUUACCUGGAGCUCAGCCAGACGUGGCUGGUCUUCAUGAUAUGCCUCUCCGUCACCGAGAUCAGCAUCGUGCUGAUGCUAAUCUUCCUGAGGAACAGGGUCCGCAUCGCCAUCGCACUGCUCAAGGAGGGCAGCAAGGCCAUUGGCUACAUCAUGUCUACUCUUUUCUACCCCAUCAUCACCUUCCUGCUUCUGGCCGUCUGCAUCUCCUAUUGGGCAGUUACUGCAGUAUUUUUGGCUUCCUCCGGCGAGGCGGUCUACAAAGUGAUGCCGGCGCAGCCUAACUGCAUGUACGCUAACCUCACCUGUGACCCCGAGACCUUCAACAAGACCAACGUCACCAAGGUGUGUCCCGGGUCCCAGUGCACCUUUGCGUUCUACGGCGGUGAGAGCCUCUACCACCGCUACAUCUUCAUCCUGCAGCUCUGCAACCUCCUGGUCUUCCUCUGGCUGGUCAACUUCACCAUCGCUCUGGGGCAGUGCACCCUGGCCGGGGCCUUCGCCUCCUACUACUGGGCCCUGAAGAAGCCGGCCGACAUCCCGCCAUGUCCGCUCUUCUCCUCCUUCGGCAGGGCCAUACGGUACCAUACAGGGUCCAUGGCGUUCGGCUCCCUCAUCCUGGCCAUCGUCCAGCUGAUCCGCAUCGUCCUGGAGUACCUGGACCACAAACUCAAAGGAGCCCAGAAUGUAUUCGCUCGCUUCCUGCUCUGCUGUCUCAAGUGCUGCUUCUGGUGUCUGGAGCACUUCAUCAGAUUCAUGAACAGAAAUGCAUACAUAAUGAUUGCGUUGCACGGGAAGAACUUCUGCACAUCAGCCAGGGAGGCCUUCUUCCUGUUGAUGAGGAACGUAGUGAGGGUGGCGGUGCUGGACAAGGUGACCGACUUCCUGCUCUUCCUAGGCAAAGUGCUAAUCGCAGCGAGUGUGGGUGUCCUUGCCUUCUUUUUCUUCACCCGCAAGAUCCCCCUAGUUCAGCAAGAAGUGCCAGAGCUCAAUUAUUACUGGGUGCCAUUACUGACAGUGAUAUUUGGGUCCUACCUGAUUGCGCAUGGCUUCUUUAGCGUCUAUGCAAUGUGUGUGGACACCUUGUUUCUCUGUUUCUGUGAAGACUUGGAGAGAAAUGACGGGACUCCCGAAAAACCUUUCUUCAUGUCCCCUGGCCUGCACAGAAUUCUGGGAAAAAAUGACCAGAGUCCUAAAAAGUCCAAGGGCUAACUGCCCCCCCUACCCCCCACCCACCCCCGGGGCAGGGCAUUCUAGCCCCGCCCCAGAUAGCUUUACUAAUUUGUGAUAUUUAGCAUGCUUUAAAGUGACUUGUUGCCGAAAUCUGGCUGUGCUGUUAACGGAACUGAUUUAGUGUUAAAGAGAAAUUAGCAGCCCCAGGCCGUGAAGGAACCUUGUACUAUGACAAAACGAGAGAAAGCGAGAGAUGGCUCCAUUCGUCUCUUACCUGUUUUGGGUGCUGAUUACCUGUCUUGUAUUACUCUUCGUACUGCGUAACGCUGCCUUACCCAUUGCAACCUACUGGGUUCGUAUUAGCAGGUGGCGUUGUAAGCGAUCUGUACUGUGACUACCUACCCUGAAAGAGCGGGGUUAAGAUCCCGGACAAGCUCCGGACUGAUGCUCUUUCACAGCUCUCUCUGAGAAAAGGCAGAGGGCCUUGUCUGUAUAUGGAACCGGUCAAGAGCGGCCGACCCCAAUCUCAGUCCCGCUGGUUCUCACUCAACCUGACCCCUUUACAUCCGUUGGCGUGUGGAGACACUGAUUGGACACUACCAUCUCCACCAUGGGAGGUGCACUCUCAAGAGACAGAAAUCAGUGAACCUCAGUCUGCCCACAGUCUCCACCAGUGGCUCGGUGAGGAAACAAUCAGCUUUGGAGAGCAUUUUCAUAACGGUCAGAAAUGGGUUGUAAUUACACUUUUGUGUGGAGUUUACUUCUCAUUCAGACACCUGGUCUCUGACGUGACUCAUCCAGAUGAAGAGAUUGAAAAACCCAUCGCAGGGAGCUGACAUAAUGCAACGCAGACUGCAAAUCAACCUUAGAAAAUCUUUCAGGUUCAGUUACCGGUCUCUUCCAUGUGAAGGGACAGGCAUUGCUUUGAAAUUACAUCAUAACUAUGACAAUGGUACUAUAUGUCUGUAUGUGUUUACUCGACCUGGUGUUGUUGCAGUUUGAUAUGAGAACGCUUGGCUGGGGGAUGUGGUGCGUCUCAUUGUGCAAUGUUUUGACUAGUCCGUGUUUCACAUAAGGGCUCUCUAGAGUUGAAGAACUGGACCAUUCUCCUCUGUGAAUUGUGACUGGCAGUCAGCCAGACCUGGGCCAGGUUUAUGUCCUACGGAGCAGAGGAAAGGGGUGUAUUUUCCACCAUGUGUCAUGGUUUUGGUGGAACUCAUUGGCAUGGCACUCAGGACCUACCGCUGAAGCGCACAGCAUUGUGGGAAGGUUGCCCCUGCUCUGCUGCACGGAAUCUGCGGCCCGAACGGGUCAAAGGUCAGCGGUGAGAAUCGGUUGACCAAUCAUGUCUUGGAUUCAUACACCGUGACGUGGGAACGGACGUCUUAAUAAUCCACCGCGUGCCGCUUGAUGGAAGCGUUACAGAACUUACGAUUCUUCACGAGCGCAGUUUCCGUUCAUGUCCCUGCUGGGUGCUCGGUGUGAUAUGGAACUCUGUGAUUUAAGGUGACAUUUUAAAGGUCGUACACAUCAGAUGUUAAAGAGUCACUGAAAUGAAUUACAAAUUGGUAAGAACGGAACAUUUGCAAUUUUUUUUACUUACAAGAUAAAGACAACUUCCUAGAUUCAUUAUAUGCACCCUAACCCCUGGUUAAAGUUCACAUAUUAAUGUACAAAGGGUUCUUUUGUCAUUCCAAAUACGAUUUAAACAGAGCCUGUGAAUUCAGGAGAUCUGAUGUAUGUUUUAGAUAAACUACAGUUUCUAGUUAAUGUGCCUAGUUGAAAACAAGGAGAAAGUUUUUGUUUAUUUAACACUGAACACCUUUUGAAAUACAGUUUAUAAAAGGAUGACAAAGCCAUUUUUGGUAAUUUUGUACUGGGUGGUACAGACUAAAGUGCUACAUUUUUUAUAAUACUGAUUAUUAUAUUCUUGUUUUUUUUGUAAGUUUUGGGGGGUAUUUAUUGUCUUUGUAAUGAGAAUUUUUUGUAAAAAAAAAAAAGAAAAAAGUCAAUGAAAAUGUCAAUUCAUUUUUUCUAAAUAAAUUAUGGCUUACAUAUUGUG